CGCCCAGCCCACCGGAAGGAAAGAGAAGCACGUCAGUGGUUCUAACUCAGAGAAAGCUUGACUUCCUUCCCCAGAGCGAGCUCCCCUGGUCUCCUCUCUUGAAGCUGAGGCAAAGGUACUGAGCUGUCUGGGCUUCUAACCAUCAUCAGUGUUCCCUGUAAACCUAUGAAGGGGAAGGUUAAUGUCUGUGUCACCGAAUACUCUUCCCCCUGCUGUUUGUAAAUUCCCUCAGAUUGGGGAUUACUUCUGCUUGUGCAGAAAUUAUCUGCGUAAUUUAUAACAAUCUCUGGCAAAACCUCAGAAAAAAGAUACGCUUCUUACUUAGCCGGAUGUCAGAGGCUGCGGCAGGACCCAGGGAGAAGGCUCUGCAGAUGGCAUGAGGCUCUGGGAGCGAUGAUCCCAACGGAGGGAUAGCUCCUUGGAACUUUUUUCUCCUGAGAAGAGUGACCCAGUUAAAAAGAGGAGAAAAGCUACGAGCAACACUGUUGCCAAUGAAAUAGGAGAGGGAGUGCUUUCAAAAGCGGGUGGCGCUGUCGCUGAACUCUGAGCUCAUCCACCGGACUGGGGCGCACAGCCAUGGAGUAGAACUUCAAUGUGGGUCUGAGAAGAGACGGAAAUGGCCCAGCAAGUCAGCCUCGGUUCCCUCCAGGAAUCGGAACGUGAAGUGAUCCUCCAGGUUUUGUACCGGGACCGGGAGGUUCAAAACACGGAGGCGGAGAGGAUACGGAAACUGAAGACGCACUUGCAGCAUCUCAGGUGGAAAGGCACGAAGAGCGUGAGCCAGGAGUACAAAGAGAAGUCCUGUGCCCGCUGCCAGCAGACCCUGGGGCUCCUGCUGAACCGGGGGGCCGUGUGUCAGGGCUGCAGCCACCGCGUGUGCAGCGAGUGCCGGGUGUUCCUGAGGAGGACCCGCGCCUGGAAGUGCACCGUGUGCUUCGAGGACAGAAAUGUGAAAAUAAAAACUGGAGACUGGUUCUUCGAGGAACGAGCCAAGAAAUUUCCAACGGAAGUCCCCACAGCAGCCCUGCACUAUGGAAAAGUCAUGGAACCCAGACAGCUGUGGAGUGAACAGAGUCUUCAAGCAGAAGAUGGCCUGACUCACAGCUUUCCCAGCAAGCACGAGACAGCCGGAGCAAAGCUCUUGCAAUCUUAUCAGAAGCUGAGCAACAAGAUCUCCGUGGUUCCUCCCACUCCACCGCCUCUCAGCGAAAGCCAGUGUGGCGGCGGCCCUGCCAGGUUGCAGGAACUCGGGCAGUUUAAAGGAUUCAAUAAGUCUGUGGAAAAUUUGUUUCUGUCUGUCACCACCCACAUGAAAAAACUCUCCAAGUCCCAGAAUGACAUGACCUCUGACAAGCAGCACCCAGAGACGGUCCCCAGGCAGCGUGAGGGCCGGCCAGAGAGGAGGAGCCAGUCUGACACUGCGAUCAACGUGACCACCAGGGCCGGCACACCAGAUAUUCUGAAACCUCUCGGUCCAGAGAGUCCCAGACGCCCCACGAGCCCUGUUUUGAAGCAAGAAGACAUCUCAUCCAGUCCAGUGCUCAACACUUUGUUCUCAGGAGGCUUGAGACAGGGAAGUUUAAUCAGCAUUAACAGCACUUGCACAGAGAUGGGCAAUUUUGACAAUGCUAAUGUCACUGGAGAGAUAGAAUUUGCCGUUCGUUACUGCCUCAGAACUCAUUCUUUAGAAAUAUGCAUCAGAGCCUGUAAGAACCUUGCCUUUGGGGAGGAAAAGAAGAAAAAGUGCAAUCCGUAUGUCAAGACCUAUCUGCUGCCUGACAGAUCGUCCCAGGGAAAACGCAAGACCGGCGUCCAGAAGAACACGGUGGAGCCGACCUUUCAGGAGACCUUGAAGUACCAGGUGGAGCUGGCCCAGCUGGCCAGCCGGCAGCUGCAAGUGUCUGUGUGGCACCUGGGCGUGCUCACCCGGAGGGUGUUUCUUGGAGAAGUGAUCGUCCCUCUGGCCACGUGGGAUUUCGAAGACAAAGAAUCACAGUCUUUCCGCUGGUAUCCGCUCCGGGCCAAGGCAGAGAAAUCCGAAGACAACCUUCCCACCAAUAACGGAGAACUCGCAGUCCGGGCCAAGCUGAUCCUCCCUGCAGGGCCCAGAGAGCUCCAGGAGGCUCCAGAAGGGACAGGAGAUGAGCCAUCACAGAAUGGUCAGCUCUGUUUGGUAGUGCUGGGAGCCAAGAAUCUACCUGUGCGGUCAGAUGGCACCUUAAACUCAUUUGUUAAGGGCUGUCUCACUCUGCCAGACCAGCAGAGAUUGAGACUCAAGUCCCCUGUCCUGAAGAAGCAAGCCUGUCCCCAGUGGAAGCAUUCCUUCGUUUUCAAAGGCGUCACCCCUUCGCAGCUGAGGCAGUCCAGCCUAGAACUGACCGUUUGGGACCAGGCCACCUUCGGGGUGAACGACCGCUUCCUGGGAGGUGCCAGGCUUGGUUCAAAGGAGGACCUUCCGGGCGGCGCGCACACAAGCUCACAGGCAAAGCUCCAGUGGCAGAAAGUUCUCUCCAGCCCCAACCUAUGGACAGACCUGACCCUCAUCCUGCACUGACCGCUGUUCAGGCGCUGCGGGGCUGGGUGUGCACACGCGCUGGGCGGGGGUCCCUCAGGAGCGUGAAGCUGCCUGUCUGUAGCCAGCCCACCACUGAGGCAGUCGUCCAGACCCUUCUGUGUGUAUUUAAGUUAAACAGGUCAAUCAUCGAUGUAUAUACGUUACUGAGUCUCAGGUUGGUUGUCUGUGCUUUGAGAGAUGUACAAAAUGACCAGAUUUCAAUAAAUGUUCACCAGGUACCCUGGUCCCCCUGCGCUUAGCAAA